AUGGCUGCCGGAGAAUUCCCUUUGUUGCUUGCCGAAGGCAAUCGGGAGAUGCGUCUCGAUAACCCCGGUCGCACCUACGGAAGAAAUGAAAGAGUGAGUAAGCGCUUGGAAAUAGCCAGGGGCUUUGCGAGCGUCAACUGGUGGGUCGAGGCUCAAUCUCGGUUUGGGACCUUCGUGCUCGAGUAA